UUUUGGCAAGAAGAUCCUGAUUUGUAUGGUGUAAGACGAUCUAGUAGAGCACGUCAGGAACCUACCAGAUACAACAUUGGGAGUGAUAGUGACGAAGAACCAAAACGAAGACGAAAAAGAACAAAUAGUCAUAGAAAAAAUUCUGGGGAAUGGAACAGUGAUAGUAGUAGUGAUAGUUCAGCAAGUUCAACUGAAAGAUUUAAACCUCGAAGGCAGCCACCUACCAGGUCAAAGAGGGGAAGGCCAGGGAGACCGGGACGCCCCAGUAAGCAACAGGUACGGUCUGUGGGUCGUCCAAAAAAGAAAAACUCCUCUGACGAAGAAGAUUUUUCCGACAGUGAAGAUGAUUACACUAAAAGUUACAAAUCCUAUAAUAAAAGAUCUGUCUCACAAAAAGUCAGGGGUAAAGGUCGUGGAGGGGCGAGCACCUCAAGGGUUACAGCCACCCGACGAGGGGUAGCUAGCAAAAAUGUUAGUUAUAAAGAGGAAGACAGUGGAGCAACAGACUCUGAUGACAUUAUUGAGGCUCCAGAAGGUGAAGAGGAAGAAAAAGAGAAGGAAGAAGAAAACAAAGAAAGUAUAGAAAAGAUACUUGAUCAUAGACUAGGCAAAAAGGGAGCAUCAGGAGAGAGAACCACGAUAUAUAAUAUUGAAGAAAAUGGUGACCUUAACCAAAUACUGCCUGAGGACACACCUAAAGAGGUGCAGUACUUUAUAAAAUGGAAGAACUGGGCACAUAUACAUAACACGUGGGAAUCUGAGGAGAACCUACGUCAGAUGAAGAUAAAUGGUCUGAAAAGACUCGAUAAUUAUAUAAAGAAAAUGGAUGAAAUUAAUGAGUGGAAGAAGUUUGCUUCACCAGAAGAUAUAGAAUACUUUGAUAUACAGAUGGAAUUUAAUGAAGAUCUCUACAAAAAUUGUCUUCUUGUUGAAAGAAUAAUAUCCUGUUCGCUUUCAGCUCAUUCAAACCAAAAAACCACUAAUGAGCAAAAUGGAUUUCCCGACUACCUCUGCAAAUGGAAUGGCCUGCCAUAUUCUGAGUGCACCUGGGAAGAUGGUGAUCUCCUAUCCAGAAAGUUUCAAGAUAUGAUAGAUUGUUACUACCAGAGGAACAAGUCUCAGAAAAUACCCACCAAGCUUUCAAAGGUGUUGAAGAACCGUCCAAAAUACCUACCAUUAAAAAAUCAGCCCGGGUUUAUUGGUGGUGAGGAAGAGCUUACAUUACGAGAUUAUCAGCUGGAUGGUGUUAACUGGUUGAUGCAUUCAUGGUCAAAAGAUAACAGCAUUAUAUUAGCUGAUGAGAUGGGUUUAGGAAAGACAAUUCAGACUAUAGGUUUUCUAGCUAUCCUCUACAACACCUAUCAGCUCUAUGGACCAUUUCUAAUUGUCGUACCUUUGUCUACAGUGGUUGCUUGGCAACGAGAAUUUGAAAACUGGUGUCCCGAAAUGAAUGUCAUUAUCUACCUUGGAGAUGUCAACAGUAGAAACAUAAUGCGAGACUAUGAGUGGUGUCAUCCUGGUAAUAAGAGGUUAAAGUUUAAUGUAUUGGUUACAACAUAUGAAAUCCUUCUAAAGGAUAAGUCAUUUCUUGGUGCUGUUAGUUGGGCAGAGCUGAUUGUAGAUGAGGCUCAUAGAUUGAAGAACACAGAUUCACUUCUGUAUAGAACAUUGAUGGAUUUCAAGUCAAACCACCGCCUACUUAUCACUGGUACUCCACUGCAGAAUUCACUGAAGGAACUUUGGGCCCUACUACAUUUUAUAAUGCCAGAAAAGUUUCCCAAAUGGUCAGAUUUUGAAGACAAACAUUCUCGUGCAGACAAGACAGGUUUUGCUCUACUUCACAAACAGUUGGAAGCUUUCUUGAUUAGAAGAGUGAAGAAAGAUGUAGAAAAAUCUCUCCCUGCUAAGACUGAGCAGAUCCUACGUGUAGAGAUGUCAUCAGUACAAAGACAGUAUUAUAAAUGGAUCUUGACGAAGAAUUAUAAAGAGUUAAACAAAGGCUUAAAGGGCAGUUGCUCCUCGUUUGUUAACAUUAUCAUGGAGUUAAAGAAAUGUUGCAAUCAUGCAUUUUUAGUUCGUCCAAGUGAGACUGAGUAUAACCAAAAUGAUCAUUUACAGACAUUGAUUAGAGGGAGUGGAAAGUUGAUUCUUCUAGAUAAACUGUUGCUACGACUACGUGAGAAAGGUCAUAGAGUGCUUAUCUUCUCCCAGAUGGUCCGUCUACUUGAUAUAGUCUCGGAGUAUCUCCAACUUCGACAUUUUCAAUACCAAAGACUGGAUGGGUCCAUUCGUGGAGAUUUAAGAAAGUCAGCAUUGGAUCAUUUCAAUGCUGAAGGAUCUCAGGAUUUUUGUUUUUUGCUCUCAACGAGGGCUGGUGGUCUAGGUGUUAAUCUUGCCACUGCUGAUACUGUGAUAAUAUUUGAUAGUGAUUGGAACCCUCAGAAUGAUCUACAAGCUCAGGCCAGGGCACACAGGAUAGGACAGAAAAAUCAGGUGUCUGUAUACCGGUUAGUUACAAAGAACAGUGUAGAGGAGGAGAUAGUUGAGAGAGCCAAACGUAAAAUGGUGCUGGAUCACCUUGUUAUACAACGUAUGGACACAACAGGACGUACUGUACUCAAUAAAGAUAGUGAUCUAUCAAGUAGGAAGGUACCAUUUAGUAAACACGAGUUGAACUCCAUUCUUAAAUUUGGUGCUGAAGAAUUGUUCAAGGAAGAAAAUGAUGAUGAAGAGCCACAGGUUGAUAUAGAUGAGAUAUUAGAGCAGGCUGAAACACGAGAAAUGGACGAGAAUAAAGGUGUACGUGAUGAGCCUCUGUCACAGUUUAAGAUUGUCAGCUUUGAAAACCUGGAGGAUGAGGAAAUUGAAACUGGUAAAGAUUGGGACAAGAUAAUACCUCAGAAUGAUAUAGAUCGUGUAGAAGAAGAAGAAAGACAGAAAGCUUUACUGGAGCUGAAUCUACCACCUAGACAGAGAACCACCAUACAACAGUUGGAAAAAAGUCUUGGUUCUGAUGAUGAAGAAAAGAACAAUGAUGAUGAUUCUGAGAGUUCUGAAUCUGGCAGUGAUGAUGAUAGACCGAAGAAACGUGGUCGUCCUCGGGCUGGUAAAAAUGAUAGCAUUAAAGGAUUUACCAAUGCUGAAAUUAGACGUUUUAUCAAAAGCUACAAGAAAUAUGGUGAUCCACUGUCACGGUUAAUUGAUAUUGCUUGUGACGCCGGACUAAGACAGUCAGAAUCAGAUUUAAGAAAAUUAGCAGAACUACUCAAAUCCUCCUGUGAAAAAGCUGUCAAAGAUUUCAAUGCCAAAAAACAGGAACAGGAGAAUCCAGAAGGGACAGGCAACAAGAAAGGACCUCGUGGAAUCUCAUCUAAAAUUGCAAGUGUAGUUGUCAAUGUUCAAUCCAUCCUGAAAGCCAAUGCUGAACUGGAACCCUUAGUCAGAUAUAUACCUAAAACCAAAACAGAACGUAAAAAGUUCCGUGUAGACUUCCAUACUAAGAUGGUACAUUGGGACUGCAGUUGGGACGUUGAGGAGGAUUCAAAUCUUCUCAAGGGCAUAUACGACUAUGGUAUGGGAAACUGGGAACAAAUCAAGAUGGACCAAGAGCUUGGCUUGUAUGAUAAGAUUUUACCAGAUGGGGAUAAAAAACCUCAGGUUAAACAGUUACAAACGCGAGCUGAUUAUCUCCUUCGAAAUUUAAAAAAACAUUUAGAUGGUGGGGGAGGAAAUAAACCUGUUGGUCGGGGGAGAAAAAAGAAAGUGAAAUCAAAGGCAGAAGUUGAUGAGAAUAUGGAUGAUUCAGAUUCUAGUGGUAAAAGUGUGAAUGACACAAAUACAAGUUUUCCCGAAACUAGUAAAAAACUGGGUAAAAAAGUAGAUAAAAGUGAUAGAGACGCUAAAAAAUCUGAAUCUGAUCACCAUGAUCAUCAUCAUCAUCAUCACCAUCAUCAUCAUCAUCGUAAUGAUAAAAAGAAGAAGAAAAGGGACGAUAAAAAGAAGAAAACUAAGGAAAGUAAAGCUGGUCCGAUGCAUUUUACCGCUAGUGCCGAACCAGUUGCGAUCUCACAAGAUGGAGAGUUUGAUGGGGAACUGCCAGAAGAAGUUUUUGUUGAGUGUAAGGAGAAGAUGCGGCCAGUGAAACGUUCACUAAAGCGUCUAGAUAAUCCAGAGGAAGGUUUGUCAGACAGAGAUCAGGUGAUCCAUACACGACAGUGUUUGCUCAAGAUUGGUGACAGGAUUAAUGAAUGUCUAGCUGACAUGAAUGACCCUGAGAAGAUCAAACAAUGGCGCUUCUAUUUAUGGAUAUUUGUAUCUAAGUUCACUGAAUUUGAUGCAAAGAAAUUACACAAAUUGUAUAAACAUGCAUUGAAGAAGAGAGAUGAUGAAAGAAAAGAUGAGAAUUCCCAUCAGUCAAAAUCACACAGUCAUGAUAAACAUCACAAACGUUCUCAUGAAGAUGUUAAAUCCAACUCAUACAAUGCCAAACGGCCUCAUAUAGAACAUGACAGUUCCAGUAACAGUAAUUGGACACAGUCAUCAUCAUCAAAUGCUCACACAUCGCACGUCACCUCAUUCCGUAAUGCAUUUAAUAACACAACUACUAGCACAUCCAGCCCGUCAGAUAGAUGGCAAAGAUCAAGUCCACUAGAUAGACAUGCCCAGGACUCGCAAAAUGUUUACAAUAGAAACAGAUAUGAAGGAAGCAACAGCUCGUAUUCACGUGGAAGUUCGGCACAAUUCUCUCAUCACGAACAUACACGUUUUUCUGAUCACAAACCUCACUAUGGUGGUGACAAUAGAGGGUUUAAUGAUAGACGUGAAGGCCAUGGCAGUUACAAUCACCGUGAUUUUCCGCCCAAUUCUUAUGCUCAACAGCAUAGUUAUCGGGACGGGCGCAGUGGGGACUACAGAAAAUUUAACCCCUAUAGAGAAUAUGGAGGGCAGACCCGGUCUGAAACUACCAAUAAUAACAGCUAUUCCCACCCACCAGAACGUAAAAGAAGGGGAGACUUCAAUUUUGACCGAGAUCCAAGAUUCCGGAAAGAACAGAGAGUUGAAGAUUAUCAUGGUGAUAGUGGCUUUACUGGACCGGAACGCCACUGACCCUAGUUGCUAUGGUAACGGGUUUGCCAUAUAAAUAAAAGACUGUGAUGUAUGGAGUGUUGGUAUGAUGAAAGUAAUGGGCAUAUAUAUAUAUAAGACAGUGAUAAUGGGUGAAUAGUAACGUGUGAAAAGUUAGUCAUUAGAUAUAGGAAAAGGCAUAAAGAUAGUUGAUAUAAAAAAAUGUGCAAUGGUGUAUACUGUAUGACAUGUUGUUGUCACUGAAAUCAGACACUGAUGACUCUCAGUGUGAGACAAUAACAGCAGGCUGGUACUGUGUACAAUAAUGCAAUAUCACUAAAGUUAAUAUGACUCAAGUUAAUAUGACUCAAGUUAAUAUGACUGAAGUUCAUGAUUGGAGAAAUGAGGGAACAGAAGCAAGGUGACGUAAAUCUCUGCACCAGGUGUUUGCAGUUGAAGGUAACAGCAGAAUGUGUAUUUCAUGUUUACUUUUCAAGCCAAUGUAUUGGCUUAAUACCAGUUUUCUCUUUGAGGGUGUGCAAUCAAAAGUUAAUAGUAUAAAGUUGAAAGUUGACCAGAUGCUAGUGCUGGCUUGAUAAUUGAUUGUUCACCAAUGAAUGGCUUGCACAUGGUAGCAGUUAGUUUCCUACAAACAGAAUAGCAGACAGUAUUCAAACAGUAGGACUUUGUCACCUUAUUAUAUACAUAUGAAAUUAUUAAAACUUACAAAUUGAUCAGAACGUGCUGAUUCUGUAUGUUUUAAAGAAAGAUGGCUUCAACUGUAUAAAGCUGGACUUGUUUGUCUGAAUGCGAGACUAAUGUUUUUGUGUAUAUUUAUAUACUUACAUUUCUUAUGUCAACUAAGUAACAAAAACUGAUUAAAGAUGGUUGUUAGAUCCUUGAUAAUAGCUGAUGUGGUUAAAGAUAAAAGUGGGAUAAUAAAUAAAGGUUCUAGAUUCUGGAGAAUUUUGGCAUCUUAACAGAGCUAAUGAGCAAGUAAGCAACCAUGACCAUGUUGAUACAGCAUGAUAAACUUGUUUCUUAUUUGAAUUUGAAAUGUAAAUUGUUCAAUUAAGACAAGUCAUUGUCAGAUGGGUAUGUGGUUUACUUACUGUAAGUUUGUUACUCUAUAGCUCGGUGACUUUGUGGCAUCUUGGAAAAAAGUUUGCCAUGAAUUAUAAGUGCUUCAGCCAAAUAUUUUCAAGUGCUCUGUUAAAGCAUAAUGAUGUAUGUUGAUUGACCUUGUUAAAUCUUAGUUUGAAUGGUAAAAAUCUUUGUUAGAUAUUUUAUUGAUUAUUACUUACAAAAAAGGAGAUAUGUGUACAGUUGCUAUGGAAUACAAUGUCUCAAAUGUUUCAUUGAUACUUGUAAACUCUCACCAACUAUUGUUUUAAAUUAGAAGCAUUGGUUAAAUUUUCCGGUUGAUUCAUAAACUAAGAUUUCUGGACUUCAAAAAGCAUCAUUUUCUACAAAAAAGAAAA